GGAUGGGGACGUGUCUGCGACCCAUGACGCAGGAGAUGACCGGGCUGAUUCCCCGGAUGGUCACGCUGAGGCCGGCUCUCCUCAUCCAGGUUGACAUGAACUUCAACAGGAUGACCACCAUCAUUGAGGAUGAUGACGAUGAUGUCCAAGUCCUCAACUCCAACCGGUCUCCUCUCUCCAAGCCUCCCUCUCCUCCUUACUUCCCUGAAAUGGAUGGGACCACAAGUGCCCGGUGUAGCCCUAUCCAGAGCCAAAAACUGAACUCUCCUCCAGCCACCCAUCUCUCUGAAAGUAACCGGGUCCCUUAUCCCAAGAAGGAUGUCAAGGCCAAAGGGAAAGGGACCGGUCAUUCUUCUUCUCAGAAAAGGAAGAGUUCCCACAAGACUUCCAGGGGGGAAAAGAGGAAGAAGCAAGGUACCAACUCUGAUUUUCCUCCCGGUUUAAUUACUUCCUUUGCUUUUACUGACAAGCUUGUUUUCCACGUUGGAGUUCUAUCCGAAGAAGUUGGCUGGUCACUCCUGGAGUCCAAGGACCAGGUCUCCGAACUUACCCUCCUUCUUGAUUCUGCCAAGUUGGAGAUCAAUGACCGGGUCGAGAGGGAGAUGAGACUUGAAGAGGAGCUGAAGGAAGAGAGGGCCAGGCUAGACGAGGAAAGAGCCAACCUGGUGGAGGCGAAGAGGAAGUUGGUAGAGCUAGAGGAUGCCUUGGCCCAAGCUGAAGAGAUUGCCCGGUCAAAGGAGCAAUCCUUUCCUGAUGAUGCUGCACGAUGGGCUGCCGGGCAUCAUGUCGAGACUGCCCGGUCCAUUCUAGUUGGGCCGGAGGAGACAAUGGCCUUCUUCAAGACCAUGUACAAGGAGCCGGAGGGCAAAAAGAUGAUAACCGAUAUCGGUUCAUAUGGUUUCCAAUGCGGUCAGAAGGAUGAGAGGUCACUCCUCUACUCCAGGCUUCAGAAGAGGGACCCUUCCUUUGACCCGGCUAAAGUGAAGCUCCCGGCCUUGUAUACGGAAGAGCCAGCUCCCCCCUUUCCCCUAGAGUAGGUUAGGGUUUGAUUUGAUAAAACUUUGAAUUUUCC